AUGGCUUCCGCGUGCCUCAGCGCCCAGGCGCGCCAGCGUUUGAUGUCGGCGCCGAGCAGCACGCCGCGCUGCCACCGCGGAACGGCGCCCCGCGCCGCCGCUCGCCGCGAGGCCAGUGCUCCGAGGUCCCCCGCUGCCGGGGGCGCGAUCCGCGCGCCCGCGGGCCCGCGGGCCGGCGCCGCGGAGCGUCCUGGAAGGGGCUCGGUGGCCGCUCACAGCCUGGCGUCCGCGCGGCCGCGGUUGGCGAAGCCCGAUCCGCCGCCGUUCCGCCAGUUCGACUUCCUCGUGCUCGGCUCGGGGAUCGCAGGGCUCACCUACGCGCUCGAGGCCGCCGAGCACGGCACGGUCGCGCUCGUCUCGAAGGGCGCUCUCCAGGAGGGAUGCACUCAGUACGCGCAGGGCGGUAUCUGCGCGGUCCUCGACGCGCACGACUCCCCGGAGUCCCACAUCCGCGACACCAUGGCCGCCGGCGCCGGUCUGUGCCACGCCGCGGCCGUGGAGGCGGUGUGCCGCGAGGGGCCCCGCCGCGUCCUCGAGCUCGUCGCGCGCGGCGCCUCCUUCACGAAGAAUCCCGACGGCUCCCUCCACCUCACGCGCGAGGGCGGGCACUCGCACCGGCGCAUCGUGCACGCCGCCGACGCCACGGGCGCCGAGAUCAUGCGCGCCCUGCUCGCCGCGGUGCGCGCGCACGCCAACAUCUCGGUCUUCGCGGACCACCACGCGCUCGACCUCUACGUCGACGAGGUCGACGGCACGCGCGCCUGCCUCGGCGCGGACGUGCUCGACCGCCGCCACAACGCCGUGACGCGCUUCCUGGCGUACAGCACGAUGGUCGCGUCCGGCGGCGCGGGGCAGCUGUACCCCGCGACCACGAACCCCUCGACGAUCACGGGCGACGGCAUCGCGAUGGCGUUCCGCGCCGGCGCCGCGGUCACCAACAUGGAGUGCGUGCAGUUCCACCCGACGGGCCUGGGCGUGGCCCGGGAGCACGGCGGCAGCCGGUUCUUGGUGAGCGAGGCGGUGCGCGGGGAGGGCGGCGUGCUGUACAACUCGGACAACGAGCGCUUCAUGCUGGGAGAGCACGAGCUGGCAGAGCUGGCGCCGCGCGACGUCGUGGCGCGCGCGAUCGCCGCGCAGAUGGAGGAGCGCGGCGAGCCGCACAUGUGGCUCGAUAUCUCCCACAAGCCACGCGACUUCAUCCUGUCGCACUUCCCGAACAUCGCGGCGCACUGCCUGUCCGUGGGGAUCGACAUCACGCAGGAGCCCAUGCCGGUGUGCCCGACGCAACACUACCUCUGCGGCGGCAUCCACACGGGCCUCCUCGGCGAGACGGCCAUCCCGGGGCUCUACGCGUGCGGCGAGGCCGCCUGCACGGGCCUGCACGGGGCGAACCGGCUCGCCAGCAACUCCCUCUUGGAGGGGCUGGUGUUCGCGCACCGCGCGGUGGAGCCGUCCGCGGCGCACGCGGAGUGGGCGGCCCGGCGCGGCGGCGCGGCGAUGCGCGAGGGUCGCCGCUCCGCCGCCGCGCUCCCGCGCCCCGAGGGGCGCCUGCGGUCCGCCGAGCGCCGCUGGCUGGCCGAGGUGCGCGCGGACGUGCAGCGCGCCAUGUGGGAGGGCGCGGGGAUCACGCGGACGCCGCAGGGCCUCGUGCGCGCGCUGCGGCAGCUCGACGAGAUCGCGGCGCGCCUCGACACGGCCGCGCAGGGCAUGCACCCCAACCUGGCGUUGUCCGAGGUGCAGAAUCUGGUCACCGUCGGGCGGCUCGUGGUGUUCGCGGCGCUGCAGCGGCGCGAGUCGCGCGGCGGGCACUCGAUCGUCGGAAAGCCGCGCUCCGACGGGGAGCGGUGGAGCCGCGCGUGGACGGUGACGGGCGCGGACGCGGCGGAGGCGGCGCGUGCGAGGCGGUACACGCUGCGGGCGGCGCCCGUGGAGGGGUGGUUGCACGACCUGCCCGCGCAGAAGGCUCCGGCGAAGCGCGAGCCCGUGGCGACGCCCGCGGAGAGCGGCGUGGCCGUGGCGCCUGUGCGGCAGCUGGUGGCGCGCGCGGGGGUCGCCGCGGCGCGGGCCGCGGCGCCGGACGCCCCGCGGCGGCGUCGCGCGGCGCAGGAGCUCCGGCGGCGUGUUCGGCGCGGAGAAGUGAGGCGGCGGGCGCGAGACCACGUGCGCAGACCGGCGAGCAGAACAGCACACACGGCGUCGGUGACGGGCGCCACUCAUCGAUCAUUGCGAGAGGACGGAGGAGUUGUUGGGGGCGCUCCGCGUUGA